GACUGUAGCACCCAGAUUCAAGCAUUUCCUUACCCAGAACCCUCAUUCUUGUCUAAUAGAGCUUCAAGUAUUGGUCCAAUCGGAUCAUAACGGAACGGAACGAUUUCCACGCUGGCUUUCAGACGGGUGUUUUACCCCGCCAUUCCUCAAAUCGUGGCUCCCCAAGCUCGACUGUCUGCUAUUGCACGACAGAUAAAUCCCAAUCUACUCGACAAUUCUACAAAUUCGAUAUCUACAACUCCAUCGAGAAGCUCCAGCAAUUCUGCAAAAGUUCAAGAAAAUAUUCUCAAAAUGUCGUCUCAACAAGCUCAUCCUACCUUGCUCAUUCCGGGCCCAAUUGAGUUUGAUGAUGCUGUCCUGCAGUCUAUGAGCCAUUACAGUGAAAGUCAUGUCAGCGCCCCAUUUGUAGCAGUCUUCAGCGAAACUCUGUCUAUGCUGCGCAAGCUCUUCCAAGCUACCGAUCCCUCUUCCCAACCGCUCGUCAUUUCCGGUUCCGGUACUCUUGGAUGGGAUCUCGUGGCUGCUAAUUUGGCAGAACCAGGUGAUGAGGUGUUGGUUCUCCAUACUGGCUAUUUUGCCGAUUCGUUCGCGGACUGUUUUGAAACUUAUGGCGUCAAACCUACACAAUUGAAGGCGAAGAUUGGAGAGAGACCUCAAUUGGAUGAGAUUGAAAAGGCGUUGACGGAGAAGAAAUAUAAGUUGAUCACGGUUACUCAUGUGGAUACUUCGACGGGAGUUCUGAGUGAGUUGAAGAAAUUGAGUGAGCUUGUUCAUCGCGUUUCUCCGGAGACGUUGGUUGUGGUAGAUGGUGUCUGUAGUGUGGGAUGUGAGGAGAUUGAAUUCGAUAGUUGGGGUUUGGAUGCUGUUAUUACGGCCAGUCAGAAAGCGAUUGGUUGUCCAGCUGGUCUUUCAAUUUCGUACUAUAGUGGUAGAGCGAUUGAGACAUUCAAGGCUAGGAAGACUCCGCCAGGAUCAUAUUUUGCUUCAUUCAAGAAUUGGUUGCCAAUUAUGCAAAACUACGAAGCUAAAAAGCCAUCCUACUUUGCCACUCCAUCUCCUCAAUUAAUCCACGCUUUACACACUUCUCUCACCCAGAUUCUCUCUAUUCCUCUCUCUGAACGUUUCGCUAAACACAAAGCUACAUCACAAAAGAUCAAAAAGGCAGUCGCGGAUCUAGGCCUCAAACAAUUGGCACCUAAUCCUGCUGAUCAGGCAAAUGGUAUGACUGCUAUCUACCUUCCAGAAGGUGUUAAAGCCCCAGAGUUGUUGCCAAAUUUGGUGAAGAAGGGAGUCAUUUUUGCUGGAGGCUUGCAUAAAGAGAUUGCGGCAAAGUACAUUAGAGUGGGUCAUAUGGGAGUUAGUGUUAUGGAUGAGAGUAGGGAUGAUGUAGAGAAGGCUAUUGAGGCGCUUGGUGUAGGAUUAAAGGAGGCAGGGUAUCAGAAGGCUUAAUUGCGUUCUUUGGAGAAAUACAAAGGGUGAGAGGGGUGUCCAGGAAUGGAAUGGAAUGAGAGUGGUAUCUCCUUUCUAUAUUAUGAUGGGCGGAUAUUAGUAUUUUUCGAAAAUUAUCAUGGAUAUGUUUGGAAUCGUUUGGAGGAAUUCAAAAUCACUCUUAGGUGGGGAUGGGAAUAUACAGAUAGGUUGGAGAGGUCAAAAUUUAUUGUCUAGGUGGUUAUAUUAAAUGGAUGAAUACGGAUAAAUGCAUAUAGGAACUAGGUAUAUAUAUGAAUAAAUAAACGA